CUUUUCACGUCACGUUUCUGCUAGCUCGUGAUUGUUUUUAUCCUCUAUUUGAAAAAAGGGAAACUUUUGCGUCACUAUCUCAAGAUAUCGGACGAAACAGAAAAAAACGAAUAGGAAGCCAGGAGAAUGUCUCAGGAUCGAAACAAGAAAUUCGAAUGCACCGUGUGCAAAAAACAAUUUCAGAAGGAAUACCUUUUAAAAGUGCACAUGCGUAGACACACUGGUGAAAGGCCUUAUGUUUGUCAGCUUUGCAAAAUCGGAUUUAGCGAUAGAUCCUAUUUGAGACAGCACCUAAACUCUCAUUCAAAAGAAAAAUCAUUCUCGUGCGAUUACGAAGGUUGCAAAUUUACUACUUUAUGGCUAACUAGUAUCCGGCGACACAUGUCUGUGCAUCGCCCUAAAGGAAAUGUUCCUAAAGACGAAGACAACAUAUAUGAAUGCACCGUGUGCAAAAAAAAAUUUCGGCAAAAAGCGUAUUUACAAAACCACAUGCUUAGACACACUGACGAAAGGCCUUAUGUUUGUGAGCUUUGCAGUAAACGAUACGCCAAUAGCUUCACACUGAGAAAUCACCUAAACUCUCAUUCAAGAAAAAAACUAUUCUCGUGCGAUUACGAAGGUUGCAAAUUUACUACUUUGUGGCUAAGUAAUAUCGAGCAACACAUGUCUGUGCAUCACCCUAAAGGAAAUGUUUCUAAACAACAGCGAAAAGAAUUGAAAAGCGUAUUUCCAAAGUGGCAUACCUCCAUUUUUUAUUUUUUAUUAGUUCGUGGCAUCAACACAUUGAUAAUGCUUUUCUGUAUUGCUACAAUACUUUUUUUUACCGAAAUGGGUGUUUUUUCUGUUGAAAAAUGUAUUAAAAAAUUGGAUUUCUUUUCAAAUGUGACGUUUUUCGUUUUGUAUUUCAAACUGUCGCGUUUCCAUAAUAGCCAAUUACAAAGUCAACGACUGCUUUCUGAAGUGUAAAUGCUAUUGUGUUGGAUUGUUUUCUUCAUUUUUCUUUGAUAACGUCCACAUUUUCUGAAAAAGUUUAAAAGUAUUUAGUCAAUGCGCUAGAAAGAGA